CCGGGAAGCUCCCGGGCUCCGGAGUCUGGCUUGAUUGUGGAGUUAAAAUACCCGGCUGGGACGUGGCUAGCAACGGGAAGAAAAGUGCUCUGUUAACCACCAGAUGGAGCCUUCCGGUCUGCUGCCUGUUUGUUGGAAUGAUUGUUUUCUAGUAUACGGGAAAAGCUCUUGCAUGGGUUGUUUUUUUUUUUUCCUGACAGAUUUUACCCGUGUGUUCAAAUGGAGAAAAAAAAAACAAGGCACUAGCCAACAAUCUUUGAAGUAUUUACUAGAAAAAGAUGCUCAGCUUCUCCUAAUUUUGAAUUUUCGCCAGUGUGUUAAGAGUCAAUGAAAUGGCUCAGCCAGGAAACUCGCUUGCAGCAGAACUCACAAGGUGGAAGGAGAGAACCUCCUCUCCAAAGUUGUACUCUGACCUCCGCACCUGCUACGACAGGCACGCACCCACACACAUGCAAACGCAAAAAUCGUAAUUUUAUAUUUUUGAAGUGUCUUUUUAGGCUGGUGGUGGAGGGUCAAGCCUAGAAUCCCAAUAGUCAAGGUAAAAAAAAGACAGGCCAGCCUAAGUAACAUUGUGAACUGUAGACCCUUCUGGGCUACAGAAGAGACGUAGUCUCAAAACCCUAAAAAUUGUCCAGGUGUGGUACUUGGUUCAUGCCUAUAGUUCGAGGACUAAGAAAGCUGAGGCCGGAGGAUCACUACAGGUUUGAGGACAACCGGAGCUACCUAAUGGGUUCCGGAAUAGCCUGAGCUACAAACCACUAAGAUCCUAUCAAAAAAAGGAGAAAAAAAAUUAAACUCUCCAUCUAUCCGCUCUGUGUCAGUUUUGUUCCCCGAGAAACCAGAAAGGGUUGUAAGAUUCAGAGGAAUGAAAAGUGCUUAGCAGUGGCUGAAUUCUUCAGGACUCUGAAAAAUGACAACUACCGCAAUGUUGUUCAUUAAUUUAGAAGAUAUUCAAGACUCUGAAGUUCACCCUCAGUCCCUGCUCCCUACCCACGCUUUAGAAGAGAAAGUGGAAUUAGGUUUUAAAAAAGACCUAGGAAUUCUUUAGGAACCACUUCUCUCAGGAAUUCUACUCUCCCGCUUCACGCCACCGCCGGAGCCAUUAACCUGAUGCAACCCGCAAGUUGGCGCGGCUCCGCCCCCUUCAGCCUGUCAGCGCCACCUGAGGCCGCUGAAGCUCCGGCGCCGGGCCGACCCUGGGCGCAGGCGCAAAAGGCAUUGGCGGGUUUGAAUACCAUGGCGUGGGUUCCUGCCGAGUCUGCGGUGGAGGAGUUGAUGCCACGGUUGUUACCUGUGGAGCCCUGUGACUUGACGGAAGGUUUCGAUCCCUCGGUGCCCCCCAGGACGCCUCAGGAAUACCUAAGGAGGGUGCAGAUUGAAGCGGCUCAGUGUCCAGAUGUUGUGGUAGCCCAAAUUGAUCCAAAGAAGUUGAAGAGGAAGCAAAGUGUGAAUAUUUCCCUUUCAGGAUGCCAGCCUGCCCCUGAAGGUUAUUCUCCAACACUUCAGUGGCAGCAGCAACAAGUGGUACGGUUUUCAGCUGUUCGACAGAGUGUGAACAAGCAUAGAAAUCACUGGAAAUCUCAGCAGUUGGAUAGUAAUGUGACAAUGCCGAAAUCUGAAGAUGAAGAAGGCUGGAAAAAAUUCUGUCUGGGUGAGAGGCUGUGUGCUGAAGGGGCUGUUGGACCAUCUACAAAUGAAAGCCCCGGGAUUGACUAUGUACAAAUUGGUUUUCCUCCCUUACUUAGUAUUGUGAGCAGAAUGAAUCAGGCAACAGUUACUAGUGUCUUGGAAUAUCUGAGUAAUUGGUUUGGAGAAAGAGAUUUUACUCCAGAAUUGGGAAGAUGGUUUUAUGCUUUGUUGGCUUGUCUUGAAAAACCUUUAUUACCUGAGGCUCAUUCACUAAUUCGACAGCUUGCAAGAAGAUGCUCUGAAGUCAGGCUCCUAGUGAGUAGUAAAGAUGAUGAAAGAGUUCCUGCUUUGAAUUUGCUGAUCUGCUUAGUUAGCAGGUAUUUUGACCAGCGUGAUUUAGCUGAUGAGCCGUCUUGAUAGAGCUUAUCUCCUGGGGAUGGAAGGUAGUUCUUUGAAGGCAGCCUGAGUCUGAGGAAGCACAAUGCCAAUUUGAGGACAAAGUGCAGCACUUCUUCAACUCUAUGUGAAGUGUUUCAUCUUAAUCUGCAGCUCAAGUUGAUAUUCAAAAUAAAGACAGUACUGGUUUGAGUAUCUGCAAUACCUAAGGAAAAGUCCACGGGGUAGCUGAACAGUUGGAAUAGUUUCUUCAGUCAUGUGCAUUGAAAAUAGAUGAAAUGUGACUUAUUACUUAAGCAGCUUGCAUAAAAACUGAUGAAAUUUUA